UGGGUCAACGGAUGCAGGAUGUUACUGGAGACCAUGGAGUGUUGAAAGAGAUUAUCCGUGCCGGCUCUGGUGAAACAGUGCCUCCUGAUGCAUCCAUAUUAGUGAAAUUUUCAGGUUACUUGGAACACAUGGACAGACCCUUUGACACAAACUGCUACAGAAGGAAUCAUAGACUUAUGAAACUUGGUGAAGACAUCACUCUUGGGGGAAUGGAGAUUGGUCUGCUGACAAUGAAGAAAGGAGAGCUGGCAAGAUUUUUGUUCAAGCCAAGUUACGCAUUUGGAGCUGCGGGCUGCCCUCCUCUGAUCCCUCCCAAUGCCACAGUCUUGUUUGAGAUUGAGCUUCUGGACUUUCUGGACUCAGCAGAAUCUGACCAGUUCUUUAAACUGACUCCUGAGCAACAGGACCAGUUUCCACUGCAGAAAGUGCUGAAGGUGGCUGAAACCGAGCGGGAAUUUGGCAAUUAUCUCUUCCGACAGAAGCACUUCAUGGAUGCCAGAGAAAGAUACAAACGGGCCUCUACACUGCUGCACCGUGUGAAUGCUGAAGAAGCAGAGCAAGUCAAAGUUGAUACUGCCAAGAUUCUGGUCUUCCUGAACUUGUCUUUUACUUACCUGAAACUGGAACAGCCAGCUCGGGCCCUUGCCUACGGAGAGAAGGCCUUGAAGCUGGAUGAGAAGAAUGCCAAAGCCCUCUUCAGGUGUGCUCAGGCAUGUUUCUCUCUGGCAGAGUAUGAGAGAGCUCGGGAUUUUUUGGUGAAAGCUCAAAAACAGCAGCCCUUCAACCAUUGCAUUAACAAUGAAUUGAAAAAGCUGGCCAGCUGUUACAGAAAUCAUAUGUUGAAGGAGAAGGAAAUGUGCUGCAGGAUGUUUGGCACCCUCAACUCUCCUUCAGCAGGAGAAAACCUGAAGGCAGCAACACACUUGGCUUGCCAAACAGAAUUGUAGGUUGAUGUGCCAGCCAGGAACCCAAUGGACAAGAGCCAGAUCGAGUAACUGAGGCUCUGGACGAAUCUGGAUGUUACAUGGUACCACCUGCAACUGUACCCCAACAUCCCUUUUUUAGGCUGCAAAGCAGUUUGUGGGGGGAGAGGUUGACUGAGAAUGGAGGAGUAGUGAUUGGAGAAGGGGAAAGCUAUGCCUUUCCCCCAUGGAGUUUCAGGUAUAUGUACAUAGGUUGGUCCAUACUAAUAUGGAAGCUAUUGAAAGAGAGGAGUGGAAAUACAGGGAGCUGAAAAUGGUGCUCAGUAGAGCAAAGGAAAAUGUAUUAACAGUGGCCCUUUGUGGUAUGUAUUAGGUGUAGAUUUGGGGUAUGGUAUGCUAUCUCAAAAUUAGUACCCGUUUUAAGAUUUCUGACCAUUCUAACCAUUACAUUGCAAUGAUACAAGGGCUUGGGCCCUUGAUAGCUCACUAUGUAAUAUAGGUCACUGUGUUAUAAUUGUUCUCAUUUUUUUAAAGCAACCAUGUCCUGACAAACUGAAAUGCAUGGGGUUUUUUUGAGUCAUGAUAUGCUGGUCAUUUCAGAAUCCAUCUAUGCAGAAGGAAGAAACUUUUCUAUAAUGGGAAGGGAUCCCACUUCAGUACAGCCAACA